ACGUGGCUGGCGCGGCUGCCGCGGGGAGGCCGGGCCGUGUGCGGAGCGAACUGGGGGGUCAUGCCGCGGGGUCGUCUCUGCGCCUGCGCCGCGCCGGGAUGCUGAACCUCGCGGCGCUGCUGUGGCGCCGGCUGCUGCGCAAGCGCUGGGUGCUCGCCCUGGUUUUCGGGCUCUCGCUGGUUUACUUCCUCAGCAGCACCUUCAAGCAGGAAGAGAGGGCGGUGAGAGAUCGGAACCUUCUCCAGGUUCAAGACCGCGAACAGCCCAUUCCGUGGAAGGUCCAGUUUAACCUGGGCAACAGCAGCCGGCCCAGCAACCAGUGCCGGAACUCUGUUCAAGGGAAACACCUCAUCACGGACGAGCUGGGCUAUGUCUGCGAGAGGAAGGACCUGCUGGCCAAUGGCUGCUGUGACGUCAGUGUCCCCAGCACCAAGCAGUACUGCUGUGACGGGUGCCUGGCCAAUGGCUGCUGUGAAGCCUAUGAGCACUGUGUCUCCUGUUGUCUGCAGCCCAGCAAGCAACUUCUACUGGAGCGCUUCCUCAACCGGGCGGCUGUGGCCUUCCAGAACCUCUUCAUGGCGGUUGAAGAUCACUUCGAACUGUGCUUGGCCAAGUGCAGGACUUCAUCCCAGCCACUGAGUUCAAAGGAAGCAUCGUGAUAAGCCCCGACCCGGUGUGACUGGUCCUUAUAGGACGAAUGAGAGACACCUGAGCUACCAUACACAGAGGAAGUACCUGUGAGAGGAUGUAGGGAGAAGGUGGCCAAUGGCAAGUCAUGAAGCGAGACCUCAGGAGAAACCAGCCUACCACCGUCUCCAUCUAAGAGCUCUGCUGUGGGAUGUCUUUCUGUACGCUGUGAACAUGUGUUGCUCUGAUUGGUUGAUAAAUAAAGCUGCAUUGGCCUAUGGUAAGGCAGCUUAGAGGCAGGUGGGAAAUCUAAGCAGAUAUAUGGAGAGAAGAAAGGAGAGGAGAGACACCAGCCGCUGCCUAAGGAACAGCAAGAUGCCAGCAGACCGGUAAUGCCACAGCCACGUGGCAACUUAUAGAUUAAUAGGAAUGGGUUAAUUAAAGAUGAAAGAGCUAGCUAGCAAGAAGCCGGCCAUAGUCCACAUAAUUGAUAAUUAAUAUAAGCCUCUGAAUGAUUAUUUUAUAAGUGGCUGAGGGACUGCGGGGAUGGGUGGAACCUGAGAAAACUUAUGAUCACAGAGCUCCAGAAAAAUAACUCCGCCGUUUGAGCAGCCCAGUCUGUAUGGCUUUCUUUGCGGCAAUGGUAGCUAAGCUCAGUCUUCAGAGGUGCUGACUUCUGGAUUGAUCUCCAAAUUCAGAGAAGAGCUACCUCCUCAACGUCCCAGGCUCUUCUGUAUCUGUUACGUAUCUUGGCCAGUGUGUCUUUCUGUGAAGGGUAUAAACAGAGUGACAUCCAGGGUCCUUCCAACUUGGUAUUCUAGGAUUGUAGGAGGCUCCCAGGACCUGGAAAAAAAAGAUGGACCUAAGCUGUUGAACUAGAGGGAAACUUUGACUCUCAGUGCAGUGGCCAGUAAUGUCUGGAGGCUUUUUUUAAGCACUAUGUCCUUAUGUGUGCAUGUAUGUAUGUGGAUGUGUGUGUGUGUGUGUGUGCGCACGCGCGUGUGUGUGACAUGGAGUUAUUGUAGAGGCUAGAGGACGGCUUGAAGUCAUCUGAGCUCUCCUUCUGCUGUAUGAGUGAGUCCCAGGGACUGAACUCAGGACUUCAGGCUGCAAAUGCCUUUACCCGCUGAACCAUCUUGCCAGCCCUGAAGAUGUUUUUUGCUUGCCAAAUAUGAUUUCAGGAGUACCCCUGGCAUCUGAUGGUGGAGACCACACCACUGCCCAGCAUCUCCCAGUGCUCAGGUCAGCCAACCCCUAAGAAUGUGGGUCCAACAUCAAAGGUGCUGAAGCUGGGACUCCCUGGGAGUGUGGCACUGCAGUGUGCCUCCAUGACUUACUUGUUCAAUAGUUCCUCUGUUGGUGGACAUUUGGAUCUCUUUUGCUUUGGGGCUGCUAUGAAUCACGUUGCUUUGAAAUUCAUGUGUGGUUUCCUAUGGGUUUCAGUUUUCCUGGGGAUCCUUAGCAUUGGGAUUGCUGGGUCCAAUUCAGUCACUCCACAUUUCUCUUUUGGGUGGACCUGCCAGAAUUUCAAAGUCAAUCUAAAAUCCAUGGCACCCUUAUAGCUCAGACUGGCCUCAAAAAUUGCUCUGUAGCUGAGGCUGGAUUUGAACUCUGGAUCCUCUUGGCUCCAGUUCCCAAAUGAUGGGAUUACCGGCAUGCACCACUGUGUUAGUGAUUUUUUCUGUUGCUGUGAUAAAAAAAAAUCAUGCCCACUUACAGAAAAAGAAGUUCAAUUUGGCUCUUGGUUCCAGUGGGAUGAGAGUCUAUCUUAGCAAGGCAUGGUGGCAGGAGCAGGAAGCUGAGAGCUCUUGUCUUCAUAAAGCAGAGAGGGUGAACUGGAAGGGGCAAGAGGCUUUUAAUCUCAAAGCCCGCCCCCAGGGAUGGACCUCCUCCAGCAAGUCUACACCAGCUAACCCCUCACUCCCCAACCUCCGACACCACCAACGGAGGAUCCAGCGGUUCAAAUACUCAAGCCUAUGGUGGGGGAGGGGGGACAUUCUCAUUCGAAUUCCACACCCGUCCUUCCCCAGAUGUCUUUAUUUUUUUAGUUGAAUGCCUUAUGUGUUUAUAGGUUUACGAAUAUAUUCUUUCUAUGGGCUGCCCCUUUACAUUUUUUUAAAACUGUGUUUUCGGAAGCCUAGGAAUUUAGUGUUGAUGUUCUAUUUCUGUUUUUUCUUUUCUUGUAUGUUGUGUGCUGUGUUGAGUGCCAUGUGAUUUUCAUGAGUAAGUGGCCAUAUGUUUUUUCAAUGGACAGUCCUAAGGGGGUAGCUACUUGACUCCAAUUUGCAUGGGAUUCUUGACUCCAAAUGCUCUCCCCCGCAACAUUAUAUUCUGGGAGCUGUCUCAGAGCGUGGCCCCCAAGCCUGUUUUGAAUGUCAUCGGAUUCCUGUAGCAUCUUCGAGAGCUUCUAGCUAGUUGUCUGCAUGCCGCUUUUCCUCCCUCACAGACGUGUCCAGCAGUCCUGGGGUCUCUAUACAGCCACUGACAGAGGUACCCAGGUCCCACAUCCCAAACCUCUCACUAAUGCACCCCCACAGAGCUGCAACAGGGUUUAUAAAGACUUAGUAAAACACCCCAUCAAGCAGGUGCAGUGUCCCAUUUUACACAUGAAGGUAACGAGCCGGAAGUGGUGAGGUGAUGUGCCGGGGCUGAGCUGUUAGGAAAAGGAGAUGAGACACACAGCCAACUCCUGCCCUUUCUUCCCUCCCAGCUUCUUAGACCCCUGUACCAUCACUUCAAGUGUGUUGUGGAGGGUGAGUCAAUGAAGGCAACCCUUGCUUUUUAUCAGGUUCUUUUUCCUGCCUUCCAUCUAAUAAUAUCCCCAAGUCACAGCUGAGGACUGCUUGGGUUGGAAAGUCAUGGUCAGACAGAUGCACACAGCUUAGCACCAAGUCCAGCAAGCUUUCUCUGUAAGGAGAAAUACCUUCAGCUGUAAAUGGGUUCAGCUUUGUGGACACUGAGAAUCAUGAAAGUCAAUGUGCAAACAAACAAGUCUGGUUAUGUACCAAUAAAACUUUAUUUAUAAACACAAGCCAAGGGCCAAAUUCAGCCUUCAACCCUAGUUUGGCGGACUCUGGCUUAGUAGACCAGCCUCUAUGUCCAAGAACCUUCUAUAGUGUCCCUACUAUAGAUUCCAAAUGUGAAGGAAGCAGGGAUCUUUUGUUGUAGAAUAUUAUUUUAAGAUGUGUUACAUUUAUUUAUGCUGUGGAACAUUUGUUUAAUGAUACAAAGAUGUGUUGCAUUCUUACCCCCCCCCUCCCCAAGACAGGGUUUCUCUGUGUAACAGCUCUGGCUGUCCUGGAACUUGCUUUGUAGACCAGGCUGGCCUUGAACUCACAGAGCUUCACCUGUAUCUGCCUCCCAAGUGCUGGGAUUAAAGGUGUGCACCACUA